GUGGUGCUUUAAACCUGAAAGGAUUUACCCGGAAGCUGCUUUUCACUUUCCGGAUAAUUGGGGCAAGAUGGCGACAUCCCUAACGAGGACGUUUGGGUCUCUUCGUAUCGUUGCACGCAGAGGUUUAAAGAAUGCUGAAUUAGCUCUGAAUGUACGGCAUCCUGGCCCACUUUUCUUGCCGGUUCGGACCAAGAAGAGGCACUUUAUUCCUCCAGCGGUGGGCAUGAAGGGGAAGAAGGAAGAAAACCCAGAGGCUAAGGCUCGAGCAGCUGGCAUCGUCUUCCGACAGCAGUACUUAGAGAGACCCAUUAACAUCGCCUGCUCAGCGGGAGUGUUUGACCCGUACAUCCCUCCAGAAGGAGACGCACGCCUUUCCACUCUGUCUAAGGAAGGCCUGAGACAGCGAACAGAACAGAUACGACAGAGCGCCGCUUCACAACUCGCGAUUCGUAAAAUCAAAGAAUAUGAUUCACAGUUCAGCACAAAGACUUUUGCAGAGCAAGCUCAAGAGAUCUUCAUAGAGGCUCACAACGCCCUGACACAAUUCAAUAAAGAGAAGCUUCAUUCUCUGGUUACAGAAAGAUGUUAUCCUGAGAUGACGAGAGGCAACCGUUACAAGACGAUCCGGUGGAGGUUUGUCGAGUCACUGGAACCGCCCAGAGUGAUGCAUGCCCGCUGCCCCGACAUGGUCACUAAAGGCAACCUGUAUGGGCAGGUUACAGUUCGUAUGCACUCCAAGCAGAUGUUAGCGAUCUAUGAUCGCUUCGGGCGGCUGAUGCUGGGCAGCGAGGAGCAACCAAAGGACGUCCUGGAGUACCUGGUCAUUGAAAGGCACCUGGUCAACCCCUACAGUAGAUGGAGGCUACACGGGAAAAUUGUGCCCUCAUGGGCUCCUCCCAAAGACCCAGUUAUUAAGACGGUUGCCAUACCUGGUCCAGAGCUGAAGCCAUGGGAAGAAUUUGAUGCCCUCAACUAUGAAGUUCCCAAACCAGCAGCAGUACAGUGGAAUAAGUAGGUCAGCAGGGGACGCUGGUCAUUACAUUAAACUGAGGACAUUAAGGAAAUACUCAUGACAUUGAAUUUUUGGAUGGAGUUACUCUUGCUUGAGGAGGAAACCAUGCUUUGUUUUUUUCUGCUUCCUUCUAUUAAGAAAAAAUCUUUUAGAUUUUGACGGAUGUGAAGAAAAACCUGAGUUUUGGUUCAAACAACCAGCUGUGCUCUGAAGUCACCAGAUCAACAUCAUUUUUUGUUAUGCUUGUGAGAAUAAUUUUAUUUGUACAUGCGAGAAAUAAAAAUGCACAGAGCUCUA